AUGUCUACCGCUACUAAAGCUCCGCUUGUUGUGACGCCCGGUGAAGUUUCCCGGCUUGCGCAGUCUACGAAGGUUGCGUUUUUAGAUGCUAGCUGGCAUAUGCCGAACUCUCCUCGCAAUGCGGCGAAGGAAUUCUUAGAGAAGCAUAUCGCCGGCGCUCAGUUCUUCGACCUCGACGCUGUCGCGUCCUCUGAUAAGCUUGGACUUAAGCACAUGAUGCCGACAGGCGAUAUCUUCGUCUCUGCCCUCCGAUCUCUUGGGAUCUCUCCCGAUACCCACGUUAUACUCUACGAUACCGUUGGAGUGUUCUCCUCACCAAGAGCUCUCUUCACUUUUCGCUCUUUGGGGUAUUCGCAAUCGAGCGUCUUGGAUGGUGGGUUAAUCCGCUGGGAGCAAGAGGGUCUUGCAGUUGCCGACGGGCAGCCUGCGGAAAUCACCAGUAGAUCUGAGUACCCGACACCCGCUCUCCAGGAAGACUCUAUUCAGAGCUAUGAGCAGAUCGUGGAAAACUCUCAGAAGGAUCCAGCGCAAGAUAUAAAUGCGCGUAUUACUCUGGAUGCGCGUCCUCGCGAAAGGUUCUUGGGUAUCGAUCCUGAGCCGCGUUCUGGCCUUUCUUCAGGUCACAUGCCUCAUUCGUACUCCUUACCGUUUAGUGCAUUUCUGAGGACGAACACUGUUGUUGGAGCAAAGAAGACGUACACGACUCUUCUCCCGCCUGAUGAGGUUCGCAUCACCCUUGAGAAGGCUUUGGGUCAAACUACGGCUCAAGAGAUUAUCGACGGAAAGAGGAAGGCCACGACGACAUGUGGAAGCGGAAUGACUGCGGCUGUACUCUGGCUCGGUCUCAAAACCAUCAACGAGAGUAUCUCAGUGUCACUCUAUGACGAGUCCUGGACCGGCUAUGCUAUGCGCCCCCAAAGCAAGAUCAUCAAAGAGAGGGAAUCAUAG